CCCCCACAACAUGAUGACAGAACGCGUCUCCUUCCUGAUCGGUAUGAUGGUUGUGGGGUCCCAUGGGAAAACUGUGCUGCCUUUUUAUUUCAUGCUAUGUUGGCUGAGCUCCUAUAUCAAGCACCGGGAAACAGACUCCAACGUCUCAGAAGAAAUAUCCAACUAAACCAAACAGGACUACUGCAGUACCUCAUCAUUGUUGACACUGCCUCCACCAUUGCCUCUUCUGCCGUGGCACUGGAACAUGAAGAAUGUCUGCUGUAUUACCAAAGACUGACCAGAAGGAAGCAAUGAGGGGCUUUGGGGGAAGUUGCCAAGCUGCGUUGUGGAUCCAGUAGCUGGGAUUCAGAGUGCUUGUUGUGUAUGAGUGUGUGUUUGUGUGUGCGUGGGUGCUUGCUAGCACAACCUGCCCCUUUCAGGCAGGGACAUGCUACUCUGAUAUUGGAGUUGGAGAAGAAAGGAGUCGACCUCCAUAAACGAGGAGAAGAAGGAAGAGAAGAGCGCAUGCAGUACAACAUUGCCAGAUAUAAAAACUGUGUGUUUUGGCUGCAGUUUAACCCAGUGGAAGUGGCUUUUAAUACACUGCACAUUUCUAUACAACACCUUUCCUCUGUCUUUGUAUCGCCUCCCUCCCCCCUAAGAGUCCUUGUUGUUUUGGCGCCUCUGUGAUUUGCAUGGCCGGGGAGUAAUCGUGGAGAGGCCAGGGUAUCACAAGCUUAUGGAUUUUGACAAGAAGGUGGGUAAGGGAGAGACGGAGGAAGGGAAAAAUAUGUCUAAGGCAGCUGGCAGCAGGACUGUCCGGGGUACAGGGACCAACUCUGGGGUUCUUAUGGUUGGCCCAAACUUCCGCGUCGGGAAAAAAAUCGGCUGUGGCAAUUUUGGAGAGCUGCGGCUGGGGAAAAACCUCUACACCAACGAAUAUGUGGCCAUCAAAUUGGAACCAAUAAAGUCCCGUGCGCCACAGCUUCAUUUGGAAUAUAGAUUUUAUAAACAGUUGGGAAGUUCAGAGGGUAUUCCUCAGGUGUACUACUUUGGGCCAUGUGGGAAGUACAAUGCCAUGGUGCUGGAGCUUCUGGGGCCCAGCCUGGAAGACCUGUUUGAUCUCUGUGACCGCACCUUCUCCCUCAAGACCGUCCUCAUGAUAGCCAUACAGCUGAUAACGCGGAUGGAAUUUGUCCACACAAAGAGCUUGAUAUAUAGAGACGUCAAGCCAGAGAACUUUUUGGUGGGGCGGCCGGGCAGCAAGAGGCAGCACACAAUCCACAUUAUCGACUUCGGGCUGGCCAAAGAAUACAUCGACCCUGAGACCAAAAAACACAUCCCGUACCGGGAGCACAAGAGCCUUACGGGAACGGCACGCUACAUGAGCAUCAACACACACCUGGGGAAAGAGCAAAGCAGGCGGGAUGACCUGGAGGCUCUGGGUCACAUGUUCAUGUACUUCUUGCGAGGCAGUCUUCCCUGGCAAGGCCUGAAGGCGGACACGUUGAAGGAGAGGUAUCAGAAGAUUGGCGAUACCAAGCGAGCUACCCCAAUUGAAGUGCUUUGUGAAAGCUUCCCGGAAGAGAUGGCCACAUAUCUGCGUUACGUGAGGAGGCUGGACUUCUUUGAGAAACCAGAUUAUGACUACUUACGGAAACUCUUCACGGAGCUGUUUGACAGGAACGGCUACGUCUUUGAUUAUGAAUAUGACUGGGUUGGCAAGCCACUUCCUACACCGGUAGGCCCCAUCCCCAGUGACACGCCCGCUCAGCCCAGCAGAGACAAAGCACAGCAGCAGACCAAAAACCAGUUGCCUGAGGCCAAAGGAGAUGAGGCUCAGCGUCAGCUGUCUCCAAUGACCAAUACGGAGACACUGGGGUCACAUCUUGUGGCCGAAAGGCUGGGGGGCUCUGUCCAGGUGAUGAGCUCGACGAAUGGAGAGCUGAACACUGACGACCCGACGGCGGGACACUCCAACGCUCCCAUCACUGCUCCCACUGAGGUGGAGGUGGCUGAUGAUACAAAGUGCUGCUGUUUCUUCAAAAUGAGAAAGAGGAAAACUCUCCAGCGGCACAAGUGAAGAGACGACCUUGGAGGGAACU